AAAUAGUAAACCUGGCUUGGAAGUAAAUGAGAAAUGAGAAAUGAGAAUGAACCCCGGAUACACACCAGUCACCACGCGGGAGGUUUAAACCUGGCGAUCAAUCAUGAACAACCACGCCUCCACACACCACAAUCGCCUCGUUAUUAACACCGCAAUUGCAUCAAGAAUCUUACUAUUAACCCUAAUUAUCUUCUGGCGAUCUCUUGUCUCUCCCUACGAUACAUCUGCUUCCAUAAACCCUAAUUGCCUUUCUUCACCAAAAACUCAAUCAAUUCCCAUCAAAUUCCCCUACGUAGCUUCCUUAAUUGAAAACAGCAUUGUCUGGGACAGCGUGUACUUUGUUCGUAUCGCGCAAUGCGGAUAUGAAUACGAGCAGACCUAUGCUUUCUGGCCCUUGCUUCCUUUCUGCAUUUUCGUUUUCUCCAAAACUGUUUUUGCUCCCUUGGUUCCGCUUGUUGGAUACAGGGCUGUGCUAGGCUUAUCUGGUUAUGUGCUUAAUAACAUAGCAUUUGUCUUUGCGGCAGUGUAUUUCCAUAGGUUGUCAGUUAUUGUGUUGAAGGAUAAAAGGACAGCACUGAGGGCCUCAAUAUUGUUUUGCUUCAAUCCAGCUUCCAUAUUUUUCUCAUCAAUAUAUUCUGAGAGUUUAUAUGCCCUAUUAUCAAUUGGAGGAAUAUGUCACCUUAUGUCUGGUGCAAAGAAUAAGUCUACACUUUGGUUUGCUCUCUCUGUAUUAGCAAGGUCAAAUGGGGUGCUUAAUGCAGGCUAUAUUGGUUUCCAGACAAUGCAUCAAGCUUACGAUGCUGCCUACUACAAAAGGCGGGUUUAUAUGGCAGUACAAAUUCUUCUUGCAGGAGCAUUGCGUUGUUUAUGCAUAUGUCUACCAUUGUUCAUUUUCCAAGCAUAUGGAUAUGUUAAUAUAUGCCAUGGUCGUUCCACAGAUGAAUUAAGGCCUUGGUGCAAGGCUAGAGUUCCUAUGGUGUACAAUUUUAUUCAAAGUUAUUAUUGGGGAGUAGGGUUUCUAAAAUAUUUUAAACCAAACCAAUUACCAAACUUCCUACUUGCCUUCCCGAUAUUGUCACUAGCAGCAAGUUCAAUAAUUUAUUAUGCGAAACUAAGAUAUGUUGUUUUCAUCACACUUGGUUUCCGAGGUCACAAAUCAACUCCUCUGGAUAAAACUUCUUCUCCAUUGCUCCUCUACAUGGAGGCGGACACAAUACCAAAAGAAACUAAUCUUACAGGUGGAAAUACGUCUAAAAUUGCCCAAGAAGAUCAAACCCUUCGUCGGAGAAGACAAACCAUCAGGGAUGAGGAUCUUGUCAAGCUUCCAUCUGAAGCUUGUUCAUUAGACAGGGAAGAAUAUUUGACACUGACUCUUCUUCCCUUUGUUUUGCAUUUGGGAUUUCUGGCAGGCGUUGCAUUCCUGGUGAUGCAUGUGCAGGUUGCAACUCGUUUCUUGUCUGCUAACCCUCCUCUUUACUGGUUUGCUUCCUCCUUGCCUGCGUUAUCUGAAUAUGGCAAAAGAUGGGGAUAUCUGAUUUGGGCUUACUGCGUAGCUUACAUCCUUCUUGGCAGUUUGCUCUUCUCAAACUUCUAUCCUUUUACUUGAGGAGCUCAGAAGUGUUAUUGUAUUUCUUCUAAUGAUAACUUUUAUCUGGCUAAAUGAGUAUUGCAAGUUUUAUUGAGAGGGCUUAGAAGCACGACAGUGCCACAAAGUUAUCAGAAUUUUUUUGAAAUUAAUGGCAGAAAAAGAAUGGUGAACUCGUACAAUUUUGGCAUUUUUGAGGCUUACUUUCUGUUGGAAUCUGAUUGCCAACUCUUCGUUAUCGUAGUUCGUGAACUUGAACAUCUGUUAAUUUUUGCCUAUAAUAUUGUUUCCAAGCAUCGUUGUUCGAGUUUCAA